AUGCCCCUCCUCGUGAAUCCCUUCAGGCAACAGGACCACUCGUCCUUCCCUGGCGUCGUGGUGCCCCUGGCGCAGGCCCCGCGCCACCGGAAAUUCUCCCACUCCAACCCCAACCCUGGAGACGGCGACAAGGCGGACAAUGUGGCAGAGAAGGGCUCAUCGUCUUCCCUGAGUGACCGGCAGUACUCCGGGUGGACCGUGGAGGCCAUCAGGGCGGAGGUGGAGAGCGAUGCAGCGACGUCGGGCAGGGAUACUGCAUAUGACCGGAAAUCGAAAGUCAUCAACUUGGCCAUCCAGGAUAUUGGGAUGGGGAAGUAUCAAUGGCAGCUGUUUGUGCUCUGUGGGUUUGGUUGGCUGGCGGAUAACCUCUGGUUACAGGGUGUUGCUUUGACCUUGCCUAGUCUCUCGGUGGAAUUUGACAUUGACGCUUCAUACGUCCGCUUCACCACUUGCUCUCUGUUUGUUGGCCUGUGUGUCGGCGCCGUGUUCUGGGGCACUGCGUCGGAUAUGAUCGGUCGCCGUCUCGCCUUCAACCUGACCCUUCUCAUCACUGGCGUUUUUGGGCUUGCUGCGGGUGGCAGCCCAACUUGGGUUGGGGUCUGUUCUUUGUUCGCAUGCCUGGGCUUGGGAGUCGGCGGUAAUCUUCCAGUCGAUGGCGCGCUGUUUUUGGAAUUCCUGCCCUUUGCGUCAGGAAAUCUUCUGACGAUGUUGAGUAUCUGGUGGCCCGUUGGGACCCUUGUUGGAAGCAUGAUCGCCUGGGGCCUCAUCCCAAAUUUCUCCUGCGACCCAUCCGCGGUACUUUGCACGAAGGAAAACAACAUGGGAUGGCGAUAUCUAGUCAUCACGCUGGGCGGGCUGACAUUCGUCAUGUUCCUAUGCCGAUUCUUCCUGUUCCAUCUCUACGAGUCGCCCAAGUUCCUGCUCUCCCGGGGCCGCCAGGCCGAUGCCGUAGCCACGGUCCAUGCUAUAGCGUACAAGAACGGAGCCAACACCUGGCUGACUUCUGAGAUCUUGAACGAGAUUGGCGGCUACCCUGAGGAAAUCCCCGCUGAGGAGCAGAAGCUGUCGAGUGCGGAGGUUAUCAAGCGGCAGCUCGCAAAGUUUUCUGGCCAGCGUAUUGCACCGCUUUUUGCGACCAAGAAGCUUGGGUUUACGACUGUUCUUCUUUGGAUCUGCUGGGCCACCAUUGGCAUGGGAUACCCCCUUUUCAAUGCUUUCCUGCCCCAAUACCUGGGGAAUAACGGAGAAACACCCGUCUCGAUUGUCUACCGCAACUACGCCAUAACCGCCGUCGUCGGCGUCCCAGGCUCCAUCCUGGCCUGCUACACCGUCGAUAUCCCCUACAUCGGCCGCAAGGGCACCAUGGCCAUCUCCACCGCGCUCACUGUCGUGACGCUCUUCUGCUUCACCAUCUCCACCGACCCGGACGUCCAGCUCGCCUGCUCAUCCCUGGAGGCCUUCUUCCAGAACAUCAUGUACGGCGUGCUGUACGCGUACACGCCCGAGGUGUUCCCCGCGCCCAACCGCGGCACCGGCACGGGCAUCGCGAGCUGCCUGAACCGCAUCUGCGGCCUGCUGGCGCCCAUCGUUGCCAUCUACGGCGGCAGCGCGAAUCCCAAGGCCCCGGUCUAUGCGUCUGGCGGGCUUAUGCUGGCGGCGUUUGUGGCGAUGGUGCUAUUGCCUAUUGAGACGCGGGGGCGGGCGAGUUUGUAG